AAUCGACGUCCGGCCCUGAUUCAUCGCCUUUGCCGGGCCGCUGCCCUUUCUCCGCUGGAUGCAGUCAUCCAUCAGGGCUUGAACGUGUCUUUGCUUAGAGGCCGAGCUGGGUACUGCAGCGCGUGGACGUGCGAGUAAUUAGGCAUAGAAGGAAAGGAUGAAUCCUUUGACGCUGGUGAAGCGGACCCAGAAGAUCAACUCCACCGAGGCGGCGUUGGGCAUAUCGGAGGAGGCCUCCUGGCACGCUAAAUACAAGGAAUCCGCCUACAUAUUCAUCGGUGGCAUCCCCUUUGAUCUUACCGAGGGCGACCUCCUCGCCGUCUUUUCCCAGUAUGGGGAGGUAGUCGAUGUUAAUCUUGUGAGAGACAAGAGUACUGGUAAAUCAAAAGGUUUUGCCUUUCUUGCAUAUGAGGAUCAAAGGAGUACAAUUCUUGCUGUAGACAAUUUAAAUGGGGCAAAGAUCCUUGGUCGAAUCGUAAGAGUUGAUCAUGUUAGUAACUAUAAGAAAAAGGAAGAGGAAGAUGAGGAGGAGCGACAGAAAAAGAGGGAGGCACGUGGUGUAUGUCGUGCCUUUCAAAGGGGUGAAUGCAAAUUUGGUGAUUCUUGCAAAUUUUCUCAUGAUGAGCAGAGAAGCGCAAACACAGGCUGGGGUCCCAAGGACAGUGAUUCAAGAUGGAAUCAUGACAGAUACGAUAGCCCUCCCAACAGUCACAAAAAUGACUCUCGACAUGCCUCAGAUCCUACUCUGCGUCAGAGAGUUAAAGAGGGCGAUUCAAAAUCUGGAUCGGCAAACAAGGAUAGUCAUCCUUCAAGACUAAAGACCUAUGAAGAUGAUGACGAGUACAGGGAGUCAAGGAGGGACAAGCCCUCAGACAGGCGAAAUUUAGAAGCAAAUCGGGAAGACAGGUUAGACAAGCAAGGAAAUGACAAACGCAGGAGGCACGAUGAAGAAUCCUCUAGCUCCCGUUACCGAAGCCGGGAAGACAGAGGUUCUCCAAGCAGAGCGCAUCGACGAUAGAUUGGCAGUUCCUCUGGAGACAUGAUUGGUUAGUUGAGGUUUCAGGACUUGUUAUUGUGAAUACUGUGAGUCAUGACCCAAUUCCUUCAAAGAUGAAUUGAGCGCUGUUGUGCCAUUGGCUCAUUCACACUGCCACUGCCACAGCCUUGAUCGAGUCCAUGGCUCGCGCUAGGCUGAGGAGAAUGGAGUGGUGCAGAUGCCUUUGUAUUUUGGGUGGAUGGCUAUUGCGUAUCAUCUUCCCGUUGUGAGAUUAUAAUGUGGGCUUUGGUGUC